AUGAUUAUUAAAACGUUAGAUAUUUUCCCAGUGUCUCUCCCAUUGGUGCAGAUAGCAGGAGGGCACUGCUACCUGCUCGGGUUGACCUGCGCCAACGAGCCUCACGGCAGGUCUGUCUGGUCCAUUGGCUGUGGUCUGGGCGGCAAGCUAGGCCACGGCACAAAGUACGACGAAUGCCGCCCGAAAGAGAUCGCACACUUUAAAACCCUUGAGUUCGCCCCCACAGCCGUUGCUGCAGGCGCAUGGCAUGCUGCUGCUGUUGCUACUGACGGGAGAGUUGCCACGUGGGGCAAGGAUGACUCGCACGGUUCACGUCGCAAGCUCCGUCCGGCUGUGAAAGCAUGCCACGUGGCAGCAGGGGAUUACACGACGUUUGUGGUGGGGGAGGGCGGCGAGGUGUGGUCGUUUGGGAGCGCGGAGAGCGCAUGUUUGGGGCAUGGGGGCGGGUGGGAGAGGGAGGAAGAGGAGGAAGGCGAAGAGAUCGAUGAUGUUGAUCUGCACGAUAUCGUGUGCCUGUUUUCGCUGUUUGCCACAAACAAUGGCCUCUUCUCUUCUUCCCCCCCCCCCCCCCCUCUCACCACACCAGCUGCGGCAGCACCGGAGGCGCAACCGGGAUGUGAUGCAGCCCAGGCGGAUGUCUCUGAGCUGCUCAUUCCCCUGCUUCUCUUACCCCUCCUGCAUUCCCUCUCCCUUACACUGCCCACUUCCCCCACAUUCUCCCAGCUGCGGCAGCACCGGAGGCGCAACCGGGAUGUGAUGCAGCCCAGGCGGGUGUCUCUGCUGGAGGAGCGAGCUACCCGCUUCUCUUACCCCUCUUGCUCUUCCCUCUCCCUUACACUGCCCACUCCCCCCACAUUCUCCCAGCUGCGGCAGCACCGGAGGCGCAACCGGGAUGUGAUGCAACCCCGGCGGGUAUCUCUACUGGAGGAGAGAGCUGCCCACCCCCCGGCUCCUCUUUCCACUGCCCCUGCUGCCGCUCCUGCUGCUCCUGCUGCUCCUGCUGAUGCUGCUGGUGCUGAUGCUGCUGAUGAUUCUGCAGCACUUGCAUCUACUGCCAACCUGAUUGCUCUCCCUGCUGCUGCCACCCCUCUUGCUGCUGCAACUCCUACUGCUGCCCCUCGCUCAGACCCUACGCUGCUAGGCGGGGGACCUGGCAGUGCAAGGGCGGGUGUGAGAGGGAUGAAUGAUAGGGAGGAUGGGCGGCAGGGAGGAUGGGCGGCAGGGAGGAUGGGCGGCAGGGAGGUUGGGCGGCAGGGAGGAUGGGCGGGAGGGAGGAUUACGUGGGGAUUGGCAGGCCCUGUAGUCCUCUCCUGUGGGCAGUGGAUGUAA